UCAACUGUCAGUUGUUGUCGCGAGCCGGUGGUGGUAUGUUGUCUCCAGCUUGUCGCGGAAGUGCUUGUUUUGAUCUUUCUCAAAAUAAUAAUCCUUAAAAGAUAACACUUGCGAGCGGUUCUAAUGUUCAAAACCAAACAACUACUAAACGCUGUGAAAGGCGAUAAAUUCUUUCGACAGUUUGGAGCGCAAGGAGGAGAACCAACUGAAAGCAAACGCAUCCAGAAGGUCCUAAUUGUUACAAAAUUAUCCCGAUAUGAAUAUGAACAGCAACGGCAUCCCAAUCUGUCGAAAGAACAACUUGAACGGCACAUUCGAGAUCGCGGUUCAGACUUUGAGAUCAUGAUGCAUUACCAUAACUUACACAAGAAAUUUGAAAAGAAAAUCGCAAAGAGUUUUCAGAAUGCAGGAGUUGAAGUUCGUGUAGCAAACAGAAAUGAAUUUAGAACAUCAUUAGACAAGGAUACUAUCAAAUGGGCAGAUAUCCUUGUGCCAGUGGGCGGGGAUGGAACAUUUCUAUUGACUGCUGGUCGAACGUGUCCCUUGUUUUGUCGAACUCAACAUAAGAUCCCAGUGAUUGGCUUCAACUCGGAUCCGACUAGAUCGGAAGGUCAUUUAAUGUUGCCGAGGAAAUACUCUGAGGAUCCAGAUGAUGCGGUGAAAAGGAUUUUGAAAGGAGAAUUUCGUUGGAUGCACCGAACUCGUAUAAGGACAACACUUUUAGGUAACAACGGGCAUAUGCCAGAAUCAGUGGAUUUGCAUAAUCAUAACGUUUCUUCACGUAUGGAGCAGCAACUUACCGUGCCGGAAGCUUUAAGUGCGGAACUCUCUCGGAAGUAUGGUGCGAAGAUGAAAAGGGUGCUUCCAUAUCUGGCGCUCAAUGAAGUUUUCAUUGGAGAAACCCUGUCCGCAAGAGUUUCUCAUCUACAAAUCGUGCUGAAUGACUCCGAUCAAGUGAACAAGACAAAGUGUUCAGGUUUGUGUGUUUGCACGGGAACAGGAUCUACAUCGUGGCAUACAAGCAUCAAUCGACUAACCCCUAACACUGUUAGCAAUCUCUUGGCCAUCGUAAGGAAGCAUGCUGACUUGAAAGAUUUAAAGGCGGAGAGUAUCGCUGAUGAAUAUAAUUCCAAGCUGGUUUUCCCGUCAGAUGCUCCUGAACUUUGUUAUUCAAUUCGUGAACAAAUCUGUUGUGGUGUUUGGCCCAUUCCAAAGGAGUUUCCAGCCAGAGGUUUUGUGCGUAGUAUUUUCAUAAAAUCUCGUUGCAUUGACGCAAGUCUCGUGAUAGAUGGUAGUAUUGCUUAUCAAUUUAACGACGGUGCAAAAGUUUUAUUUGAAGUUCACCCCGAAGAUGCCUUAUUGACAAUUGCGCUUGAUUGAGAUUUUUAUUGCAAUAUUUCGAACUGAUUUAGGAAGCAUUUAUAUUCAUGUUUCCUAGGAUUUCCUAGGAUUGUAAAAGUAUGAUAAAUUAUUUUUUAUUCAUAAACUACACAGUUAAGUGUUUUUCGCGAAAAAAAAAUUAAGACUUGGAAGGAUAUUAUCAUAAACAUGAAGAAAAAAUAAACAGUACUUUAAGAACAUAAAAA